AUGGACGAAGAAGAAAAUGGCGUCGACGGGAUCGAUGAUGCUGCCUGGCUCGGAAUCAGAAGCCUGGUGCUGGAGUCAGCACCGAGCUUGAGGGUUACUGGGUUUGCUCUGGCGACAUGGACGAAUGCUUGGAGAGCUCUGGAUGCUCUUGGGUUAGGGGACGCCCUUCGCCAGCAACAUAAGCUGAUUGAUGGAGUGGUGCUUGCUUCCACGAUUACAGAACGGACCAACGCAGAGGUGCCUUUCUCUGGUAACGGACAUGAAGCUCGGUGUGUGCAGAGGAAGCUGUUGCUUGAAGCCAUGGAGAAUGAGCUUCCGGAGGGCACUAUCAGCAAGGCAGCAUUCACUGGAAGAUCAGCAGUUAGAAGCGUUGCAAUAUUCCCACAAGGCCAUGAAUUCGUCUCUAAGUUCCUUCUGUUUGUUGGGAAGGGCUUUCGAGCUGGUUGUAUUGCUUGUGAUGACAAAACCUUGUACUGGUUCUUCAUUGAUAAGGAGGUGGAGACGGUGAUCGUAGGGAAUUAUGUACAGAUGGAGAGCGAAGGCAAAGUCAGAGACGUGAAAAGCAGAGUCUCCAACUUCCUGUGGCACGGCGGCUCUGUUUACGACGCCUGGUUCAGCUGCGCUUCGAAUCAGGUGGCUCAAGUGCUACUGACCCUGCCCUACUCCUUUUCCCAGCUUGGGAUGCUAUCCGGGAUCAUGUUCCAGCUUUUCUACGGCUUGCUGGGGAGCUGGACGGCGUAUCUAAUCAGUGUUCUCUACGUUGAGUACAGAACCAGAAAGGAAAGGGAGAAGAAGGCGGAUUUCAGAAACCAUGUCAUCCAAAGGUUUGAAGUCCUUGAUGGGCUGUUGGGGAAGCACUGGAGGAACGUGGGUUUGGCGUUUAACUGCACGUUUCUGCUGUUUGGAUCUGUCAUUCAGCUCAUAGCCUGUGCUAGGUAAAGUACAAACCGGUUGAAUUGUUUAAUGCUGGGUAGUUUGGUAGUUAGCUGCUGGUGUUAAUAUUUGUUUAUCUGUGGGGAUUGAACUUAAUGUAAUACUCUAUAUGGUGAACUUUGGGGUCUCUCUGCAGUAACAUAUAUUACAUAAAUGACAAUCUGGACAAGAGGACAUGGACAUACAUAUUCGGAGCCUGCUGCGCCACAACUGUGUUUAUUCCAUCCUUCCACAAUUACAGAAUCUGGUCUUUUCUUGGCCUUGUUAUGACCACCUACACUGCUUGGUACCUCACCAUCGCUUCCAUCCUCCAUGGCCCUAUGGAGGGAGUGAAGCACUCGGGGCCAACGAAGAUGGUGCUGUAUUUCACAGGGGCCACCAACAUCCUCUACACAUUCGGAGGACAUGCUGUUACUGUGGAGAUUAUGCAUGCGAUGUGGAAGCCUCAGAAGUUCAAAUCCAUCUACCUGCUGGCCACUCUUUACGUUCUGAGUUCUGACACUCACACUCCCUUCUGCCUCCGCCGUCUACUGGGCCUUCGGCGACGCCCUUCUCAACCACUCCAACGCCUUCUCCCUUCUCCCCAAAUCCCCGUUCAGGGACAUGGCCGUCGUUCUCAUGCUCAUCCACCAGUUCAUUACUUUUGGGUUUGCUUGCACGCCUCUCUACUUCGUGUGGGAGAAAGCUAUCGGGCUACAUGAAUGCAAGAGCAUGUGCAAGAGAGCGGCGGCGAGGCUGCCGGUGGUGAUUCCGAUCUGGUUCCUGGCCAUCAUUUUCCCUUUCUUCGGACCCAUCAACUCCGCCGUUGGAUCAGUGCUUGUUAGCUUCACUGUCUACAUCAUCCCUGCUUUGGCCCACAUCUUCACUUUCAAAUCCGCCGCUGCCCGUGAG